UAUAAUAUCAAAUUCAAUUCAAGUGUUUCGGAUAAACAGAAAUACACAAACAAACAGGGGCGACUUGAAAACAAAGAUUAAGAAGAACAAAAAGAAUGUCUCAGUUAAGGAAUAUGUCAAUUAUUUUAGUAGUUUUUGCUUUUGUUGCAACAAUAUUGGAAAGAACAGAAGCAGCAGAUCAUACAGUUGGAGACUCAACAGGUUGGACAAGUAGUGCUGGCGCUAAGUUUUACUCUGACUGGGCGUCCAAUAACACAUUCAAACAAAACGAUGUUCUAGUUUUCAAUUUCUUUGCGGGUGCGCACACUGUUGCUGCAACCAACAAGGCAGACUUUGACAACUGCAAUGUGAAUCAAAAUACAAAUGACAUAAUAACAACAUCACCAGCAAGAGUGACUCUUAACAGAACUGGUGAUUUCUAUUUCAUAUGUACCGUCUCAUCCCAUUGUCAAUCUGGCGGUCAAAAGCUAACCAUUAAAGUUCCAACAUCUUCUUCAUCUACUCCUCCUUCAUCUACUCCUCCUUCACCUACUCCUCCUUCAUCUACUCCUCCUUCACCUACUCCUCCUUCAUCUGGAACCACUCCUACUCCACCUACCAGCGGAGGAACACCAUCCCCUUCUUCUCCAACUCAGCCUGAUGCAACUCCUCCAUCACCGGGUUCGGCCACUGCUAUCGUUGCUACUUUCCCUGCUCUCAUUGCUAUUGUCAUAAACUUGUUGGUUUAGACACACCAGUUUUUUUUGGAAUGGUUAUUUACACUGUUUCAAUUUUUGGAUUUGAUGUUCUAUAAUUAGGGUUUAGGAUAUAUUUAAUUUGUAUUAUCAAUAAGAUUUAAUUGAUAUAUACAGACAAUGUAAAAUGAUUUUAUAUUGUCAUAAUCCUAUCGGUUGGAUAUUGAAA